AUGGCCUCAACAGACUCGCCCAAGAAGAACUACAACAUCGCCGUUGUUGGUGGCGGCAUAUCAGGCCUCACCCUCGCCAUCACACUCCUGCGGUAUGAUAUACCCAUCACCGUGUACGAGGCAGCGCCUCACUUUGGUGAGAUAGGUGCUGGUGUCUACUUGGGCCCCAACGCUGGACGAGCGAUGGAGCUCAUGUCCUCCAAAAUUCACGAUGCCUUUAACAAAGUCAAAACCGGAAACCAGUGGAAAGAGAGAGAAGACUCAUGGUUCACAAUUCGCGUCGGUGACGCCCGCAAAGCAGACAAGGAGGGCUAUGUCAAGCCAGGCAAAAAGGUGGGCGAUGCCCUCUUCGAUGUGCCAAUGAAGGCUGGCGGCGAUCGAGGAGGCGUAUACCGAGCAGCGUUCCUGGACGAGCUGGUCAAGGACGUCCCAGAUAGCGUGGCUCAGUUCGGCAAGAGGCUUGUCGACUUGAGUAAUGCGAAUGACAACUCUGGAGACAUGGUACUGCACUUUGCGGACGGCACAACAGCACAACAUUCUGCCGUCAUUGGGUGCGACGGCAUCAAGUCGAAGACAAGACCGUGGCUGCUCGGCAAGGACGAUCCUGCAUCAGACGCCCAGUACUCAGGCAAAUACGCCUACCGAGGCUUGAUACCCAUGGACAAGGCAGUGGACAUGCUGGGCGAAGAAGUCGCACGAAACAGCUCCAUGUUCCUUGGCUAUCAUGGCCACAUUCUCACAUUCCCUGUACAGAAGGGCAAAACGAUGAACGUCGUUGCCUUCAAUUCAAGCAAAACUUGGGACAAUGAGAAAUGGGUUGUCACCACGUCCAAAGAGCAAAUGGAUGCCGAUUUUGCCGACUGGGGCCCAGACGUCCAAAAGAUUGUAGGUGCCAUGGAAAAGCCCGAUAUAUGGGCGCUCUUCAUGCAUCCGCCUUGCAAGACAUACUACAAGGGCCGCCUGUGUCUGCUGGGCGACGCCGCACACGCAACGACUCCCCACCAAGGCGCCGGCGCUGGCAUGUGCAUCGAGGACUCUUACAUUCUCGCGAAUCUGAUCAACGAGGUAAACGAUGUCGGCGAUCUGGAACGAGCGUUCAAGGCAUUCGACCAGGUCAGGCGAGAGAGAACACAGAAGAACGUCACAACAAGCAAAGAAGCGGGUAUGUUGUAUGACUUCGAGCUCCACGGCGAUGAUCUGGACAAGAUCGAGGAAAGCUAUCUGAGCAGGAUGCAGUGGAUUUGGGAGAUUGAUCUGGAAGACCAGUUGGAAGAAGCAAAGAAGAUAUUCCACGGCCAAAGCACGAAGGUCUAG